GGACUGAGAUAAAUUGUUCUGCAGCUGCAACAUUUAAUUAAGCCCAGCUUUUUUAACCAACCUGUUGUGGGUUGGAAAAUCUCUGAAAAUGAAAUUUAUUUUCAUUAUUAGUUUUGUGGCUCUCUUUCAAAGUAGCACUGGGCAAGAACGCACGUACCUGAUAACAACACCCAAGGUAUUUCGAGUGGGAGCAUUUGAGACUGUGGUGGUUCAAACAUAUGGAUUUACAGAUACAUUAGACAUCAAAAUUACUUUGAAAAGCUUCCCAGAGAGACUAAAGGUUUUUGCUGAAAAAAGUGUUACGAUAAGUAAAGAAAAUAGCUUUCAAGGAUCUGUGAAGUUGACCAUCUCACCAAAAGAUUUACCUAGAAAAAAGGAUGAACAACAGUAUGUGUACUUACAUGCAACUGCUGUGGGAUUGUCUCAAGAGGAGAAGGUGCUAGUGUCUUACCACAAUGGAUUACUCUUUAUCCAGACUGACAAACCUGUUUACACACCUGAUCAGUCAGUGAAAUUACGAAUUUAUUCUCUGAAUGAAGAACUCAAACCAGCCAAAAGACCUGUUGGUAUUACAUUUGAGGACCCAGAGGGAGUAAAAGUUGACUACGUUGAAUUAGAAGAUGUCACUGGAAUAAUCUCAGUACCUGACUUCAAGAUUCCACCUAAUCCCAAGUAUGGUAAAUGGAAAAUUGAAGCUUUGUAUCAAAAUGACUUCACAACAGUUACCUCAACACAUUUUGAGAUCCAAGAAUAUGUGUUACCAAUCUUUCUCAUCUCAAUCAAGCCAGAAAAGCACUACCUUUCUUUUAAUGAAUUUGAAAGCUUUACAAUAUCAAUAACAGCAAGGUAUUUCUAUGAAAAAAUAGUAUCAUUUGCAAAUGUCUUUGUUCGUUUUGGAAUUCUUGACAAAGAUGGUAACAAGCAGUUAAUUCCCAAUGCCGCACGAAUGGUUACGAUGGUAAAUGGAUUAGCAACGGUAGUAUUCAACGCUAAGGCUGCAACGGAAUUAAUCGGCCGAUAUAGUAUUGAAGAUCUUAAUGGAGACUUUUUGUACAUCGGAGUGACAGUUCAGGAUUUCUCAGCUGGAAUAUCUGAAGAUGCUGAAUACAAUGAAGUUAUAUUUACAACCUCACCAUAUUUAAUCUACUUGGUGGGAACUCCUCUCUUUGUCAAACCUCAGAUUCCAUACCAAAUCAUAGUCCAAGUAAAAGACAUUUUAGGAAAUCCGGUUGGAGAAAUUAUGGUUGAACUUUCAGCCAAUGCAGUUUUUGAUGAUGGUCAAAGACAAGAAGUGAUUAUACCAGAUUCGAUAAGACGGAAGCAGACAGGAAGAGGCGAUGGAACAGUAUUGUUCAGCAUCCCUGUUCCAGGAGAUCUUCAAGAAUUAGAAUUUACGAUUCGGACCGCUCUUGAGGAUGAAUACCCUGUCUCCAAGACAUUCACAGCAAAAGCUUAUCACUCACAAUCUCAAAGCUACUUAUACAUUAUGUGGGUGGCAGGUUUCCAAAAAUUCCUCGUUGGCACAGAUCUUAGUGUGAACCUUUUUGCAAGUAGUCCAUACUUCAGUAAAAUAGGACACUUCCACUAUCAGGUGGUAUCAAAAGGAAAAAUAAUUUCAUUUGGAACAAAAGUCCGUCCAGAAAAUAACCAGAUUUUCAACCUGAAUAUUCCCAUCACUAGGGAAAUGAUUCCUUCUGCACGCCUGAUUGCAUAUUAUAUAGUAACUGGAGAAAAUGCUGCUGAACUGGUUGUUGAUUCUAUAUGGUUUGAGGUGGUAGAGAACUGCGUAAGCGAACAACAGGUUCAGUUGAAUGUUGAUAAUGAUAUUGAUCAAUAUAAACCAGGAGAUUCAAUGAAUUUAAGAAUCAAUGCUCAACCUGAAUCACUUGUUGCAUUAUCUUCCAUUGACACAGCUGUGUAUGCCGUAAAAAGCGGAAGCAAAUUAACAAUGAGAAAGGUACUUCUUGAUGCUGAGAAGCAUGAUCUUGGAUGCGGAGCUGGAGGGGGAGCGAAUAACGCUGAUGUGUUCAGGAAUGCUGGUUUGAUGUUUAUGACCAAUGCCAAUGCCAAAGCUUUGCCAGUUACUGAAGCAAAAUGUGAUGCUAUUUUGCGACCAAGGCGAAAUGUGAUGGCGAGGACUGAAAUACAUGAAAAAAUUGACAAAUUUACCAAUCCCAUUGAACAGAAGUGUUGCAUAGAUGGAAUGAGGGACUUCCCACUAAAACAAUCUUGCUCUGAAAGAGCAAGUAGAAUCAAGUUACCUGCACCAUGCAAAAGUAUAUUCUUAGAAUGCUGCAAUUAUGCACAGCAGUUGCUGGCGGAGUCUUCAAACGCCCUGUCAUUAGCACGAACGGAACUGAACAAUAAGUUUGAAUUGGAGCCACCAAAAAUCCGCAGUUAUUUUCCAGAGAGUUGGCUGUGGGAGGUUCAUGAAAUUUCACAAAGUUCAAAUUCUAAAUGGCUGUUAAAAACUUUGCCCGAUUCACUGACUACUUGGGAAAUCCAAGGAAUUGGAAUCUCUGAUACUGGUAUAUGUGUCGCUGAGCCAAUUAAAAUUACAGUUCAUCAAAAUGUAAUUCUAAAAGCAAAAAUACCUUAUUCUGUUGUGCGAGGAGAACAAGUGCAACUGAGAGUUUCUGUGUACAAUUAUAAGAUGGACAGAAUAACGGUUUGUGUGCAAUUGAGUACAGAAGAGGGAACAUGCUUAUUUAAAGGCUCUCGUACAAGUGCUGAAGGAAGGCAGACGACUACUUGCGAAAAGAAAAUCUUGCAUGGUUUCUCCGCACACCCAUUCACAUUCACUAUACUUCCUCUGAAAAUAGGUGUCCACAACAUCAAUUUCACACUGAACGCUGAAUCUGCCCUGAGUGAAAUUACAGUCCGCAAAUUGCGUGUGGUGCCCGAAGGAAUCAAGAAAGAGAAAAACUUUGCCCGCGUAUUGGAUCCGACCAGUUUCUUGGGCAGUUUAGUGAGAAGCGUUGAAAUUCCAGUGAGGACGCCGUUUAAUAUUCUCCCAAAUACAACACCAAAAAAUGUGUUAACGUUACGAGGUGACAUUGUUGGUGCAGCAGUCUCUAUAGCUUUAGAUCCUGAGGGUGUUCACAAACUAAUUGAUCUACCCAGGGGCUCUGCUGAAGCUGAGGUAAUGAGUGUUGCCCCACUUUACUUCAUCUAUAACUACUUUCAGAGGACCAAUAGUUGGCAUGUGCUGGGAGGAAACAACAUGCGGAUUCAGCUGGAAAUGAAGAUAAAAAUGAGAAGUGGUAUUACGAGUAUCAUGUCUUUCCAGACCAAAAAUGUUGAUUCGUAUAGCAUGUGGAAGGGCGGAGAGGCCAGCACUUGGGUAACAGCUUUUAUAUUAAGGAUAUUUACACAAAUCAGUGGGUACCUUUCACUGGAUAAAGCAUCGAUAUGUAAAACAACACUUUGGCUCAUGCAUGCCCGUCAAAGCUCGGAUGGAUCAUUCACGGAACAUUCAGAUUAUAUUCCAAAGCAUUUACAGGGUUCACUGAAGAAGGAAGCUAAGGACAGAACAAUGUACUUGACUGCUUUUACCAGUAUCGCCAUUCAAAAAGCAUUUGAUACCUGUGAAACUGAAGGAAUUAAGAGAGCAAUAAUUAAAGCUAAUGAAUACCUGUCAAAGAACAUGGGGACCAUUAAGAGUACACUCUCAUUAGCAAUAACAGCUUAUGCACUCGCAUUGGAAGACCACCGAAGUAACGCUGCUUCUCAAGCCUUGGAGAAACUAAAGCACGAAGCCUUUGUAAUAGGAAAUCCCCCUACACUUCGUUAUUGGAAAGAUACAAAAGAGACUUCUUCGAAUGAAGUAACUGCACGAGUAAUACAGACGACAUCAUAUGCUCUUCUGGCUGUGUUGCUUUCCACUGAUAAAAUGUAUGCAAACCCCAUUGUUAAAUGGCUAACUGAAAAACAGCGCUAUGGAGGAGGAUUCAUUUCAACACAAGACACGGUAACAGCCCUCGAGGCUCUCACAGAAUUUGUUAUCAAAAUGAAAUAUGCAAAGCUUGAUAUGUCAGUAAUGGUUAAAUACAAAAGGCUUGGAGAUAUUCAGAAAUUUGAACUGAACGAACAAAAGGCAUUUACAAGACCAUUAGAGAUUGAAAAAAAUGACAAUUUACUUGUUACAACUACUGGCGGGACUGGCACAGCCACCGUUAAUAUGCAAAGUAUAUAUUAUGUCAUCGGCAGUUCUGGUGAAACUUGUCAUUUCGACCUAAAAAUAGAUGCUACAAAAGCCACGUCAGGUAGAAAACCUGCAGGCGUUCGGAAGGUUUAUCGUCUGAAAGCUUGUGCAAAAUCUAAACCAAGAUCUGAAUAUGACGUUGGGGAAUCAGACCAUUAUGUCAUGGAGAUAACCCUGAACACAGGCUUAUUACCAGAUGAGGAGGACCUAAAAAUGCUGUUAAAUGGAGUUGAUGGUCUCAUUCUGGACUAUAGAAUAUCAGAUAGAAGCGUCAUUCUUCAAAUAAAUCCAAUUCCAUCAGAGCAAUACUUCUGUGUUGCAUUCCUAGUCUAUGAAGUAAUGGAAGUUGGAAUGGUUACCCCGUCUCCUUUCACAGUUUACAACUAUCAUUCUCCAGACAAAAGGUGCACUAUCUUUUACAAUGUUAUAGGAGAAAAUAAGCUUUUAAAGCUGUGCCACGGGGAAGAGUGCAAAUGUAUGGAAGCGGUAUGCAGUGAAAUGCAGCCACCAAUAAAUACCACCUUCAGUGUACAAGCCAAAUAUGCAGCUGCAUGCAGUAAGAAGCCAACUUAUGCCUACAAAGUGCAAAUUUUGUCUUCUGAGGAGCAGAUUAAUUUCAUCAAGUACAAGGCCACGAUUCAAGAAAUAUACAUGAAAGCUGAUGCAGUUGAACAUCAUUCAGUUAUAACACUGGUUAAAAAAGACUCUUGUUUAGAUGUUACCUUGACCCCAAAACAAACAUACUUGAUUAUGGGACAAAAUAGCCUGACAUUUAUUUCAUCAAGGAGAUAUAUAUACGAAUAUCCCUUGGACGCAUUCAGCUGGAUUGAAAUGUGGCCGGCUGCAAAAGAAUGUUCUGAGAGCUCAUGUCAUAUUUUCCUCCAGCAAAUGGAAGAGUUUGCACUUGAACUGUUAAUAAAUGGGUGUUAACAGACAUGAAUAUAGGGGAAAGAAAAUCCUCUUAAUUUCUCUUUUUGUCCCAAUCAUAAUUUCCUGAUUUGCUACUGAACAAGGUAGAAGUUUAUAAUAAUCAUGUUUCACUUUUGUUGGAUGCAGAAAGAUAAAAUCAUGCCACCUUUCAAGCCACGAUUUGAUCAGCAUAGAUUUUGCAAAGAUUAUAAUCUUUAUUCAUAUUCAUAAUUUAAAUUUAAAUAUGUUUAUUAACCACUUCUAGUGCUAAGUCUCGAAAAUGAUCUUAAUGCGCUUGUCAGGAAAGCUGUUCCUAGAAGGUGAAAUGUGGAAAUAUUUCUGCCUAUUUCAGUUUAAACAGCUAAAAUUGGGAUGGUUAUUACAUUGAAAAGUCUGUAAUGCUUCCUUAACUAUUAUUUCCAAUUAAAUAUGAAUGAUCAAAA